CAGAUGGUUUUGGCCACAGGAGACCAUUCUUUCUAUCUGACUCAAAGACUUUGGUCUGUGGUGGAAAGUGGAAUUCCAACCUUGAAAUUUCCUCUGAAGCAAGAUAUUGAGCUGCAUUAUGAAAGAAAAUUCAAGGCUUUCUAUGUUGCUGCCAUGAACACCAAAUAACAGUGAAGAAGAGGCCAACUUAUGGCCAGUUGAUUUCAGUUGAGUUCCAAAACAGCCCUACCCUGAAAAGACUCCCUGUACAGACUCUGUUGAGGGACCUGGCAGACUCUGUGAGCAAGUUAUUCUUCAAUGCAAGCAUCACAACGGCUCAGAAUUUCAGGCAUGUCCAACGGAUUGUACUAUCAACCAAUUCGAGAAGUUGAGGCCAACUGCUUGCCUCAAUUUCAAACAUUUGACUGUCAGCCAUACUACAAUGAUAGCAGCCAAGCAUCCAACAACUACCUGGCUCAGAAUUUCUAUGAGCGGUAUUGCACUUUGGAGUCAUCCUCGGCAAAUGGUAGCUAUGCUGUUCAUAAUUCCCCAUCAACUGUCAGUUUCUCGCCCAAUGGUAGCCCGAUGUCUCAGCAAGAUUCUCAUUCAUACCCUGCCGACCCACACUAUUCCCCUGAUAAUACCUAUGGCUCUCCAAUAAGUGGGUCCUGCAUAACUGAUGAAGUACAUGAUUUCAAGCACAAACUGAAAGAACUGGAAAAUGUAAUGCUGGGUCCUGAUUGCAAUGUAAUGCUGGGUCCUGAUUGCAAUUUUCUUGAUAGCUAUGAUAGUUCCUUCCAGAAUGGUAUAAACAAUACUUCACUGGAAAUGGACAGCUGUAGACAAGUAAUGGAAGCAAUUUCUAAUAGGAACUUAAAGCAGAUCCUUAUCUUCUGUGCAAAAGCAGUAUCAGAUAAUGAUCUGUUAAUGGCACAUUGGUUGAUGGAUGAAUUACGUCAAAUGGUGUCAGUUACUGGUGAACCAAUUCAAAGGUUGGGAGCAUACAUGUUGGAAGGGCUUGUUGCGCGGUUGGCCUCUUCAGGGAGUACGAUUUGCAAUGCAGUGAAAUGUAAAGAACCAGAAAGCAAGGAUCUCCUCUCUUAUAUGCACAUUCUUUAUGAGGUUUGCCCUUACUUCAAAUUUGGGUAUAUGUCUGCCAAUGGAGCUAUUGCAGAAGCCAUGAAGGAUGAAAAGAGAGUUCACAUAAUUGAUUUCCAAAUUGCUCAGGGGAGUCAAUGGCUUACUUUAAUCCAGGCUUUUGCAUCUAGGCCUGGUGGGCCACCCCACAUCCGCAUAACAGGUAUUGAUGAUUCCAUGUCAGCUUAUGCUCGUGGAGGAGGUCUAAAUAUUGUGGGAAAGAGGCUAUCUAAGCUUGCGGAGUCUUUUAAGGUGCCAUUUGAGUUCCAUGCUGUGGCCGUGUCUGGUUGCGAGGUUCAGCUAGAAAAUCUUGGAGUUCGACCAGGGGAAGCUCUGGCUGUGAACUUCGCUUUUAUGCUACAUCACAUGCCAGAUGAAAGUGUCAGCACCCAGAAUCAUCGGGACAGGCUGCUGAGGCUGGUCAAGAGCCUGUCUCCAAAGGUGGUUACCCUUGUUGAGCAAGAAUCUAACACAAAUACUGCUGCAUUCUAUCCACGGUUCCUUGAAACGCUGAGCUACUACACUGCUAUGUUUGAGUCGAUUGAUGUGACCCUUCCAAGGGAGCACAAGGAGCGAAUCAAUGUUGAGCAGCACUGCUUGGCAAGGGAGGUGGUUAACAUAUUAGCAUGUGAGGGGCCUGAGAGGGUGGAACGCCAUGAGCUUCUUGGUAAGUGGAGGUCACGGUUCAAAAUGGCGGGAUUUACUCCUUACCCUUUAAGCUCCUUGGUGAAUGCUACCAUUAAAACACUGCUGGAGAACUACUGUAACAAAUAUAGGCUUCAAGAACGAGACGGAGCUCUGUAUCUUGGCUGGAUGGACAGAGACUUGGUUGCUUCUUGUGCGUGGAAGUGAAACUACAGAGCACAAUUGAGACAUUUUUUAGGAAUCAGCAUCGAAAGCUGCAGUAGAACUAGUGCUUUUGUUGUGUUUUUACCGUGUCGACAGCUCUAAAGAAGGUGCUGUCAACGUGUGUACUCUUUUAUAAAUCCAAAAUGGCCAUUUUCAUUUAGACCAA